UGUUCAGUUGAUUUACUAGAUUUGAGAUUUCUGAUCUCAUUUUGCUGGUUUAACUGAUUGAACUGUGGAUGUUCCUUUCAUAAAAAGCAUCCCCUUCGCUGCAUCAAAAAUUAAAGUUUGUCUUCCAGCCUCUCCGGAAAUUAUCCAAUCGUUCACUAACAUUUCGUUUUAGGUGGAUCCUACUUUCUUGUCAUUGGUGUGUUGUGCUUUAGAAUUAUUAAUGAUAUACGAUGAUUUCCCCGGAAUUCUUCUUACUGACUGGAAAUUGCUAGCUGAACUCGGAAUGAUAUAUGAUGAUUUCCUCGGAAUUCUUCUUAUCUUCAAUGCAGUAUUCAAAUAGAGCACUAAAUCAUAAGAUGAAGAAUAAUCCAUCAGUGGCCCCCAAUUAGGUCUCCUCAUAAUAUUUGCAAUGUCGGGUGAGAUACUCAGAGGUCUUAAAAGCAUGUGGUAGAUGCCCAUAAUGCUUAAAAGUCUGCUUGCUUGAAGGUUUAUGGUAGGAAACUUCUCAUGAACUGACAAAUUAAAAAAACAAAAAAUCAUGUGGGAGUUCCCUUAACUAAAUAUAUGGGCAUCUACUCUGGUCUUGUCAUUUCAGUUCUUCAUGCUUUAAGGGUGCUUAUGCAGUACAGGAAAUUAAACAGAAAAAGUCCCAUUGUGCACUCAUUACACAUUUUUUUUUUUCUGGCUGUACAAUGAUUUGCUGGUGUAUUCAACUUUUGUGGCAAUGCUGCUUACCGCUGUAGUUUCUGUGCUCCUAUUUGGGCUUCAUCUCUCGCUUGCUUUCUUCCUUGACUCCACGUAAGUACCUCCGGAUUUAUGUUCAGGUCCUCUUUUUAGCUAUUCAAUAGAUUUUGGGCAAAUCAGGCCUUCCUGCCUGUUUGAAUAGCAUUGCAAUUUGCAGUGGUGUACUGAGUAGGCUAAUAUCUAACAGCGCUAGAAUUAAAAAUUAGAUAUUUAUGAAUACAAUUAUACACCAGUUUGCCCUUAAAUCUGGCAACGAAUCAUGUUUGACACACCUUUUUCAUUGUGGACAAGUGUGUCAUGGUGCGAAAGCCAUCCAAGCAUGGUAGCAAAGGCAUCCAGAAAAAUGGUUAUUACAGUUGGUCCAAAAAUAAAUGCAUCCAUUUAGGCAUGGCAAUUUUCAAUGUCAUUUCGGAUGUGAUUUCUACUUCUUUCAUUGAUUUGGUUUUUUCGAUUUGCAUGUUUACAGCAUUGUCUCUGUCUCAAUAUAUUUACACUCUAUUGGAAAGCUGCAAAGAUAGUGAUGACAUUUCCCUUUUUAGACUAUCGAAGCAUCUGUGUAAAUGCAAUAUAGGCUAAUAUUCUGUAAUUUUUUUUGUUUUUGUUUUGUUUUGUUUCUUCAGUUGAUUAUUUUGAAAUUAUUAAUUCACUAGUUUCUGUAACUUUUCUCUGCUGUAGAUCAGCCACAAAUGGGUUAUCUUUUUCUAGUGCGCAAAAGUUCAAUAUGAUUAAACAUGUUACAUUAAUUGAUAUGAUUGGUCUUUACAUAUAAAACCUUGUUCAGUUGAUUUACUAGAUCUAAGCUUUCUGGUCUCAUUUUGCUGAUUUGACUACCUUAACUCUGUGGAUGGUUUUCUCUCGUAAAAGCAUCCCCUUCGCUGCAUCAAGAAUUAAAAUUUGUCUUCAAGCCUUUCUGGAAAUUAUCCAGUCGUUUCACAACAUUUCAUUUGAGGUGGAUCCUACUUUCUUGGCAUUUUUGUUCUGUGCUUCAGAAUUCUUAAUGAUAUAUGAUGACUUCCUCGGAAUUAUUCUUACUGACUACAGAUUGCUAGCUGAAAUUUCGUAAUUCUGGGUGAUUCAGCUUCAGAAUUCUUAAUGAUAUAUGUAUGAAUUUCCUCGGAACUAUGCUUACCGACUAGAAAUUGCUAGCUGAAUCCGCCGGGAGUUUCGGGUUUAAUUCUCGCAAUUCUGGGCGAUUCAAAAUGAAUUUGUUUCAGUAAUAUAGUUGGCCAGCUUCAAUGUCUGAUGAGAUGCUCAAAAGUCUUAUUUUUAUCACUCACAUGGUAUAUAGAAUGCUCAAAUGUCUGAUUGCUAGAAGGUCCGUGCUAGGAAAUUUCUCAUGAACUGCCAAAUCAAAAAAAAUAAAAAAUCAUGUGGGAGUUCACUCAACAAUAUAUGCCAGAAUAAUUUUAUGGUUAUCUAUCUAAUCAGGUCAUCUGGCCUCUUUUUUUCAUUCUAGCCUUCGAAUUCUUUAGAAUGUAUGCCAUUUAUGCCCUGUUAAGGCCGUGUGUCCGAUUCAUAUGAUUUCAUUCUUAACCUUGAAGUUUUUAAUGAAGACUUGAACUCUCGACCUUCUACUUUCAAGAGCGAGGAAGAACCAGUAGACUACAUCCUGGAUGGUUUCUUAACCUUGAAGAUGACCAUAUACGAAAUGAGAAAGGAAAUAGUAAUAACAUUUGUUCCAAUGAAUGGUAGUGUUAUUGGUGCACCAAACAUUUUAGGAGAGACAGUCAAAUCUGGUGACCUCAUGCUGAUUAGGCUGCAUUUUGAUCAGUAAUGCAUUUUACAGAUUUUUCUCUCUCAUCUAAUACUUUUACCAAACACCUAGGUUAAUUCCUCUCCAAUAAACAAAUGAGCAUGCUUGGAGCAAAAGCCUGUUUAAAACAACCCUUGAAGACUCAGUAUGCUAGAAACCACUUUACUUGAAAGCAACCUAUGAAACCAAAACUAUAUAUAAACUUCCUCAUCCCUUCUUCGUAUCCACCCAUCUUCUUCUCUUCUUACCUUUGUCACAACCAAAUUCCACAGCAGAAAUAUGGCGGUCUCCACUUUUUCCAAGAUUUCCAUUCUUACCUUCUCUCUGUCUCUCUUCAUUUGCUCUGCUCUGGCUCAUGAUUUUUCAAUUGUGGGUUAUUCUCCGGACGACUUGACUUCGAGAGAUGGACUCCAAUAUCUCUUUGAGUCAUGGAUAUCAAAGCAUGGUAAAAUCUAUGAGAGCAUUGAAGAGAAGCUUCAUAGGUUUGAGAUCUUUGUAGAUAACUUGAAGCAUAUUGAUGAGAGGAAUAAAAAUGUCAGUAGCUACUGGCUUGGGUUGAAUGAGUUUGCAGACUUGAGCCAUGAAGAGUUCAAAAGCAUGUAUUUAGGAUUAAAACCUGUGUUUCCAAGGGAAGAGUCUUCUGGGAGGUUUAGUUACAGAGAUGCGCCGUUGCCCAAGUCCGUGGAUUGGAGAAAGAAAGGAGCUGUUACAAACGUCAAGAACCAAGGUUCAUGUGGCAGUUGUUGGGCAUUUUCAACAGUGGCGGCUGUUGAAGGCAUAAACCAGAUUGUCACCGGAAAUCUAACUUCCUUGUCCGAGCAACAGCUGAUUGAUUGUGACACAGCUUUCAACAGUGGUUGCAAUGGAGGUUUAAUGGAUUAUGCAUUUGCCUUCAUAGUCUCUAAUGGUGGACUCCAUAAGGAGGAUGACUACCCAUAUAUCAUGGAAGAAGGCACUUGCGAGGAACAAAAGGAAGAUGUGGAGAUGGUGACCAUUAGUGGUUACGAAGACGUGCCACGGAAUGACGAAAAGAGUCUCCUGAAGGCUCUAGCACACCAGCCUAUCAGUGUCGCCAUCGAAGCUUCUGGAAGAGACUUCCAAUUUUACAGUGGGGGAGUAUUUAACGGGCAUUGUGGAACAGAAUUGGAUCAUGGAGUUACAGCCGUUGGAUAUGGAUCAUCAAAGGACGUGGAUUACAUCAUUGUGAAGAACUCCUGGGGUCCGAGAUGGGGAGAAAAAGGAUACAUAAGGAUGAAGAGAAACACAGGAAAACCUCAGGGAAUAUGUGGUAUCAACAAAAUGGCUUCUUAUCCUACCAAAAAGAACUGAUUUAUGGAUCUCCGUUUCUCUAUCAGAUGUCAUGCUUCAUUCUUUUAGUUGUGUCAAGCAUACUGGUGUAACAUUAUCCUCAAUUAAUAAGGGUACAAGAAUAAUCAACAAAUCUUGUAGUAGCUUUUUCAUUUUGUAAUGUUGACAACUACUGCAUUUAUUCGCACACAGAGACAA